CCGACAUGCCGCGCGCGAGUUUUGUGUUUUGCUACGUAAACGUAACAACUAGCGAACUGCUAGCUUUUAUUUCUGAAUUGUUUUUCGCUACGUUUUGCGGACUGUUAUCAACAUUUGGUUUGGAGUUUUACCGCAGCAUUACUAGUUCGUGAUGGUGCGCUAUAUAACAAACUUUACGCGUUGUCUGACUGACGUGGAAUGGAUUUUUUCAUAAACAACAUGUAUGACGGCUUUAAAGAUGAAAUCUGGAAAGAGCUGGGCCCGUUGGACCCAAACUGGUUUGAGGAACUGACAGCCCAAGCUUCUCUUGAUGAAGGGAAUGUCUUGGAUAAUGAUGACCUGUGCGCUAAUCAAGAGGGUAAUUUCAAAGCUCCUGUGGAGAAGCCGGCAACAGAAAGCCAACUGUUUUCAACCCCUAAAGUUUUCAGACACAGGCGAAUUGUGUCGUCUGACACUGAGGAUGAGCCGUCGUUCACAGCUGCACAAGAAAAAGAAACACUACCAUGGACGGCAACGCAAAGUCCUUGUUUGUUUCAGGUGUCAAAACAUAGUGUCUCAGGCAUAAAAUGUGUCCUACCUCAAAGUGAGGAGAGAUUUGAUGUUCUUGAUACCCCAAAAGCCUCAGCCCGCUAUGACAAGCAUAUUUCUGAAAGUCUCGGUGCACAGAUCAAUCCUGAUAUUUCUUGGACCAGUUCUCUGAAUACACCACCAGCAUUGCCAUCUACCCUGAUUUUAUCUAAAAAUGAUGAGAGUCCCUGCCCAGUGAGUGUUACUGGAGACAGAAAUGUUGUUUUUGUACGGAAGCUUUUCCCUUCACUUUCAAAUUUCUCACUUAAGACACCGAAAAAAAGCACCGUGUCUUCUAGUUCCCAAGGUGCUGUUUUUCCUGUGGCGAGUGGCUGCCCUGACUCUCCAUUGAAGAGUGAAAGUCAUUGGCAACAGAAAGUCCCAGAUGCCGCUGAAGGAGAAGAAGUUUGUAGGGCAGAUGGACCUAAAAAUGCUCCGUCUGAUUUCUUUGUUAACAGCAGUUUGGCUCUGAGAAAAGUGAAACCUGACAGAGUUAAACGUAAGCAAAUAAUGCUGACAAAUGUAGCCGUUUGCAGCCGUGAAGAUCUCUCAGAAGCAGACAAUGGUGGAUGCAGUGAUGUGGCAGCUGCUAAUCUGGAGUCUGGUGGAUUACCUUCAACCCCAUUGGUUAAAACUGGAGAUACAGCAAUCAGCCAAUGGUCCCCUUUAAGUUUAUCUGAAAUCUCAUCUUGUUCUGUGGGUAGCAGUAAAACACUGCAAGGUGACACGGAUUCUGUCCGGCUCCCCGGACCAUCAUCGAACAUCACAGACUCUGGAUUUAUUAGGAAAAAGAGAACAUUUGUUUACAUCGUUGCAGCUACAAAGUCACAAGUUGAAAGCCAAGACUCUGAGUUCCAGAAGACGGGUCCCUCACCAAAGCCCUCAGAUUGUGAACAAGAAGUGAACACUGAGUCAUUGCAGGUCACCCCAGCUAAAGCAGAGUGUCAGAGGACUGAAAAUCAAAGAGAACUAGUAGGAGAAACCAUAACUUCCUCUGUAGGCACAAAACUUCAGGAUAUCGACAUGUCUCAACUUUGCAGAGAUUUUGCACAGGAAUUCAACCAAAUGCCUGACUUAAAAAUUGCAGAUGACACUCAAAGUAACUUCUCUCCUGCAGCUUGUCUAUCUGCUAUGAAACAAGCAAAACAGAAAGCAAAGCAAGAAAACCUUCCCAAUGCCUGCAGUAGCAUCUGUAACAACAGGCACAUGACUACUAGUUGUCAACCUUGCUCAAUCGGUGAAGGCACAAUGUUUGACAGCGGUUUCCAGACUGGUGUAGCAGACGUCACUCAUAUGACUUCCUUGUCAUUUGGUCUUCCUCACUUAGAGAAUGUUGGCAGAGGCCGACCUUUGUUGGGCUUCAAAACCGAUGAGCAUCAUUUUCCAUCAACAAAUGGAAGUGGAAAAGUAAAAGUUGACACUGAACUGCCUCGGCAGAGAUCUAGCAAAGGGCAGACUCCGGACCAUGGAAAAGAAAUCCAGUUGCACAUAGAGAGCACAUCAACAAGGCAGUCGUGGUGUAGAGAGAAAACUGCUGAUGACAGUAAGUGUGGUCAGCCAGAAAGAACUCCUGUUUCUCUUCCAUCCUCCAAUGCAUCAGGAUUCAAAACCGCUUCAAAUAAAGGCAUACGCAUUUCCCUCGCCAACCUGGAGAGAGCCAAGCGUCUUUUUGAAGAGACUGAAGAUAAAAAGACUUUUCGUGACCAUGGCACCAAAACCAACCAUGCCAUUAAUGAUAAUAGUAACUUUAGUCCUGAAACAAUGAAAAAUUCACCAACUAACUCAAACCCACCACCCUAUGAUGGGAAGUCAUUUAAACAUAUUAGUUCCCAAUUAACAGCCUCAGAAAAAGCUGACGUGACAGAACUUUGCUCUCUCUUAGAAGAGGCAGACAGCCAGUUUGAAUUUACACAAUACAAACCUGCAAAAAAUAUACAAAACCAUCAAGAUAAAAAAGAAGACUCUGGUUCAGAUAGUGGAAAGCAUCCAGAAGUCACUGUUAUGAGUGAAAAAAUACCCUCAGUUGUAGAAAACAGAACAAAUGGCAUGAAUAAAUACACAGAAAUGUCAGUGUCAGCUUCUUUAGAUUCGUUGUCGGAGAACAUUUCUGAAGACAGGAAAUGUCUAAAGUUAGGUGAACCAAAUAUUCUUCCAGGCAAUAAGGAUACUAGCGAGCUGGAGAACAACAGUACUGUGAUGCAUGGUGAGGCUUUUAGGAAGGCAGAGGGAAAUGUUUUGAAAGUCUCUAAAACAUGUCUGAGCAAAGCAAGAGCUUUGUUUGCAGAUCUGGAGAAUAACUUGACAGAUCAGAAACCAUCUGUUAAGCAGAACAAGGAGAAUGCUGCCAAAACAGAACAGAAAUGUAACGUGGGUUCUGACAUGUGCAAGAAGGAUUCAGCUUUCAACCUCAAAGAAAGCUGUGAUGUAGGGAAUAACUUUGAGAAUUGCUUUUCCAAAUUAGGAGUUGUCUGUUCAAGUAAACAUGUCAUAAUUUUUGGAGAUAAGCAUGACACCAAAGGUUUGAAAAAGAAUGAAGCUGACACAAAAAUGGGUGAAAGUGGAUUCAGAAUGGCAAGUGGGAAAGGAAUCUCCAUUUCAGCUAGAUUCAUGCAAGAGGCAGAUGCGUUUUUUAAAGACUGUCAGGUAAUGGGGCAUGAAGAAGAUGAGAACAUAAAGGCUCCUCAGCCUCCGCCAGAAAGCGCUGUAAUCAAGAAAAGCUUUUCAAACCUAAAAAGCCAGCAGGUCAGCAUUUCUAAAGAGAGAGGCGCUGGGUGUACUAAGCUUGAUGAUGUAAAUGCAGGGCUGAUCGCACAUCACACAAAAGGACCACAUCUGGAUGAAGUGGAAAUGGACAGCAAGUUUACAUCAGCUUUGAAGAAUGAAGAUGGAAAACCAUCUUCAACUUCAAAGCCAUUUUCUAUGCUUCGCACAUCAAAGAGCAUUGAUUCGUCUGCUUUCGAAGAAUUGCGCCCAGGUGAUGGGUUCUGUACAGCUUCUGGGAAGAACGUUUUCGUGUCUGCUGCUGCAAUGAGGAAGGCUGAAUCUCUUUUGAAUCAGAUCCACACCCCUGAGGAGAUAAACAAUCAACCUAAUCAAAAAGAAAAGACGUCAAAAUGCCAUGAGAGCUCAAAAAUAGAUAAUGGUGGUUUUCAAACUGUUAGUAGGACAAAAAGUGCAAUUUCAUCAGCGGCUCUAAAGAAAGGCGGGUUUUUUGCAGCCAGUGGUAAACCUGUCGUGUUGUCAUCUGAAGCCUGGGAGAAGGCAAAGGCAUUAUUCAGUGACAUCAGUUUGAAAAUGGAUAAUGUGUCAGAAACUGCUCCGGCAAGGAGGGAUAAGAAACAUGAAAAGUAUCAAAGUAUUGCAGAGAUUAUAAACAACCGUGAUUUCACAACUGCAGAUGGAGUGAAGGACCAUGUGUCACAGAAAAGUCUUUUAAAAGUGAAAGAUCAUUUGAAAGAAUUUGAUAAUUUGGUUUUAGCCAAAGCAAUGCAAGAGGAAGAUGCUCUCUUCACUGACUGUGAUCUGGGAAGCAACAGUGCAAUGUUGGACAGUGUGAGCAAGAAGGAACAUCUUGAAAAACCUUUUCCAGCUCAAAGGGUUAUAAUAAACAUUUCUGAAGAGGUUGGGAAAGGAUGCUUCAGGGAUACAGAACAACAAAAAGAAAACAUUUUACCUCAAGUAAGCUAUGGAUUUAAGACCGCCAGCGGGGGAAGAGUUGAUGUGUCAUUUGAAGCUCUAAAGAGAGCAGAAACCUUGUUAGGUGAGUGUGUAGGAGUCGAGGAGAAAAGAAAUGCAGCACCGCCGGAAUCCAAUGCGAUUACUCUUCCACUCAGAAAUGGUGGAUUUCAAUCUGCCAGUGGUAAAUCUGUUCUACCUUCAUCAGAGUCCCUUGGAAAAGCAAAGUCUCUCUUCAGUGACAUCAGUCUUGGUGCAGAGGACCCAAACAUUUCACAGACAAGGAUAAGUAGCAAGAAUCAAGACAGUACUAACAAUACAGAGAAAAUAUGUUGUGGUUUUACAACUGCAAGAGGAGAAAAAGUUGAUGUGUUGCAGAAAAAUCUUCAAAAGGCAAAAGUCCUUUUUAAAGAACUUGAUGAUCUGGUUUUAACCAAAGAGGUACAGGAUGAAGACGCUUUCUCCGCAGACUGUGAUGUGGGCAUUAAUAAUGAAAUGUUGGGAAAGGACACAAAAUGUAAAGUUAACGUGGGAGGGAGCAAAAGGGCCACUGUUGAAAAAUGUUAUCCAGAUGACAAAAUGAGGUCAAACAUUUCUAUGGAGGCUGGAUGCUCCAGGGAUUUAGACAAACAAGGGGAACAAAGAGAAGACAUUUUACCACAAGCAGGCCGUGAAUUUCAGACAGCCAGUGGGAAAAGAUUUGCUGUUUUGUCUGAAGCCCUAAAGAGAGCAGAAACCGUUUUAAGGGAGUUUGAAGGAAUUGAGGAUAAAACAAAUGCAAUUGUGUCACAAUUCAAGGCUACUGCUCCUCCACUCAGAAAUGGUGGGUUUCAUUCUGCCAGUGGUAAACCAAUAGCACUUUCGACUGAGGCUGUUGAAAAGGCAAAAUCCUUCUUUGGUAACAUGACUUUCAGUGCAGAAGACCCAGAUUUUUCACAAACAAAGAAAACUGAUGGGAAACAAGGCAGUCAGAACAAAACUGAGAAAAUCUGUUGUAGGUUUACAACUGCAAGGGGAGAAAAAGUUGACGUGUCGCAGAAAAAUCUUCAAAAGGCAAAAUUCCUCUUUAAGGAGCUUGAUGAUUUAGCUUUAACAAAAGCAAUGCAAGAUGCAGAUGACAUUUUCAAAGAAGAGGAAGGCUGGACCUUGGAAGGUAACUGUAAAAUAUUAUCAGAACAAACUAACAAAAUACCUGUUAAUGAAAGUGGCAGCAUAAAGGGAAACAUGUCCAAACCAAAUGAAAGGGAAACGGGCAGUAUUUGUGAAGAGCCUAAAAAUGGUUCCAUCAAAGCAAAACAAAACAAAGGCAGCUCUUUGCCAGCGCUGAAUGGUGGAUUUCAGACAGCCAGUGGGAAAACAGUUGCUGUUUCAUGUGAAGCUCUCUCAAAAGCAAAACUUCUGCUGAGUGAAAACAAGGCAGAUGAGGAUAGGACUUGUGUUUCAUUGCCACUUUCUGAGCCUCCGGUUACAGAUCCAGGUCUCACCAAUGGUGGGUUUUUUGCAGCAAGCGGUAAACCUGUGGCAUUUUCAUCUAAGGCCUUACAGAAAGCAAAGACUUUCUUUGGCUACAUCAGUCUGAAUGCCGCUCUUCCACACACAGGUGAAGAAAAUGUUCAUGUGUCAGAGAAAAGCCUUUUGAAAGCAAAUCUUUUGAGAGAGCCUGCUAAAGGGGAAGGCCAAUAUUCAUUCUCAAGAUCAGCAAACCUACAAACUCCUGUAAAUCCAGAAUUAUCAAAUGUAAAAAAUCCUGAAAGAACCUCAACCCUCAAGUCUUCUCCAACAAGUGCAAAUAGAAAGAACCACUCUGGAGUUAAGUCGUUUCUUUCAGUAGCAGACAGCCGGAGUGACAGCCAUGAGGAAGUAAAGUCACGCUUGUUGGUUUGUGAUUUAAGUACUAAAAACAGCAUCAAGAUAUCUGAAGUUACAGGAACAAAUGAGUCUUCAGACCCAGAACUUCAGUCAUUAAACCUCACUGGCUGCUCAGAAACCCAGCACAGGUUUUUUGCCCAGGAAGCUUUGGAUUGCACAAAGGCCUUACUAGAAGAUGAAGUUCUAGUUGGCCGAACUCUGUUGACGACUGCAGAACAUUUCCAACUGCCAGAAGACCAAGAAUCAAACGGCAAAUCUACUGAAGACGACAAAAGGAGGAAAAGGAGAAGUUCUGAAGAUGUAACUGCUCAGCCCCCUUCUAAAAGAAGAUUACUGGAAGAGUUUGCCAGAACCACUGAUGGUCCAAGAAGUUCAGGACUCCAUCCUGUAAAAAGUUGUCCAAAUGGUUUAAUGGACAGGGGAGUUUUCAAGUACAGUGCCUCUCAUCAUCCAAAUGUCACAAGGCCACACAGCUUUGUGGACGCAAGACUACAAAGGUCAACACAAACACAUCAUUCAGACCCAGGAGGUGGAAGAUCCGCACCUUCCAAGAUGCCGGCAUUUGUUCCACCGUUUAUCAAAAACUCAAAGAGAGAUAUUCCUAAGAAUCCAGAGGCCGAAGAUCGCAAAAGAGCCCCUGCGUUUGUUCCACCGUUUAAAAAACAAAGGGUUGUCCUACAAGGGGUGGCCCUUGACCAACAGGAGGCCAAUAAGCAACAUCAUUCCUUAUUAUUGGAGUCUAACAGCAACAAAGAUGCACCACUUACUAAAAACUCUCACAGCUCUACAGAUGUUAUCCCUUUAGUCAAUUCUUCAGUCACUGAUAUUGUGAUUAAUCAAAGUGUUCCCGUAAAUGUGGGGCCAGUCAGCUGUACGGAAAUGUUACCUGUGGAUGACAGGCUUUCUAGAAGCCAAGACAUAACUCAGAACAUUGAGCUGGCCCGGGAUAUGCAGGACAUGAGGAUCAGGAAAAAGAAGCGCCAGACCAUUCGACCGCUACCUGGGAGCUUAUUUCUGACAAAAACCUCAGGGGUGGAGAGAAUCCCAUUAAAAGUUGCAUUAAAUGGACGUAACCCAGGAAGAUACUCUGCACAAGAGCUGUAUGAGUGGGGAGUCCAUAAGCAUGUUCCAGAGAUCACCUGUGGGAACGCUGAAUCGUUUCGCUUCAAUUUGCUGCAGUUCGUCAAACAGGAAUCAUUAGCAGAUGGAGGUGGCGUUCAGCUCGCUGAUGGAGGCUGGUUGAUCCCCAGCAAUGACUGGACAGCAGGAAAAGAGGAAUUCUAUAAAGCAUUAUGUGACACUUCUGGUGUAGAUCCUAAACUGAUCAGCCAGCAGUGGGUGUACAAUCACUACAAGUGGAUUGUGUGGAAGCAAGCUUCUAUGGAAAAAUCUUUUCCAGAAAUGAUUGGCAGCCUCUGCCUCACCCCAGAUCAGGUUCUCCUACAGCUGAAGUACAGAUAUGAUGUAGAGGUGGACCACAGCCGCAGGCCAGCUCUGAGGAAGAUCAUGGAAAGGGACGACACACCUGCCAAAACUCUUGUUCUGUGUGUCUGUGAGAUCGUCUCCAGAGGUCACUCCCUAAAUGUACACAGCCGCAGCUACACCAAGACACCAAAAAGUGCUGAAACCAAAGUGGAAACUCAAUUUGCAGUCAUCCAGCUUACAGAUGGUUGGUAUGCCAUUAAAGCACAGCUGGAUGAACCUUUGACUGCAAUGCUUCACAAAGGUCAGCUUGCUGUUGGUGGCAAAUUGAUAAUCCAUGGAGCUCAACUGGUGGGGUCCCAAGACGCUUGCUCCCCUUUGGAGGCACCGGAUUCUCUCAUGUUGAAGAUAUAUGCCAAUAGCACUAGGCGUGCACGGUGGGACACUAAGCUGGGAUUUCACAGAGAUCCACGACCAUUUCUGCUUCCGAUCUCCUGCUUAUAUAGUAAUGGUGGGCCAGUUGGAUGUGUUGAUAUUAUCAUACUCAGAAGCUACCCCAUUCAGUGGAUGGAGAGGAAAUCAGAUGGAGGUGUUGUGUUUCGGUCUGCUCGGGCAGAAGAGAAGGAGGCGAGACGCUUCAACAGCCUCAAACAAAAAGCAAUAGAGAUGCUGUUUGCCAAGGUUCAAGCUGAAUUUGAAAAAGAGGAGGAAGGGAGUAUCAAACCUCAGCGCAGAAGGCAAACAAUCAGCAAGCAGGAUAUUGAGAACUUGCAGGACGGGGAAGAAUUGUAUGAAGCAGUCGGAGAUGACCCUGCUGACCUGGAGACUCAUUUAAAUGAACAACAGCUGGAGACUCUUCGUGCCUACAGGUGUUCACUGAUGGAGAAGAAGCAGGCUGAGCUGCAGGACAGAUAUCGUCGUGCCCUGGAGGCAGAGGACAAUGAAAAGAGCUGUCCAAAAAGAGACGUGACACCUGUAUGGAGAUUCUGCAUUGCUGACUCAAGAGUCCAGUCCAGCUGUGUUUAUCAGUUAAAUCUUUGGCGGCCUUCUUCAGAUCUUCAGUCUUUACUGAAGGAAGGUUGUCGAUUCAAAGUGUAUAACCUUGUUGCGUCUGAUGGAAAAAAACGUAGCAGCGUUGAAACUGUUCAGCUGACCGGGACAAAGAAAACACAGUUCCAGGAACUUCAGGCGUCCCAAGAAUGGCUGUCAUCGCGUUUCCAGCAAAGAGUUUCCACAAACUUUGUAGAUCUUCAAAAUGAGGAAUUCAAGCCCCUGUGUGGAGAUGUUGAUCUCAUAGGAUAUGUCAUCAGUGUUAUAGAUCAACAGGGUUCCUCUCCUGCAUUUUAUUUGGUUGAUGGGAAACUGAAUUUUGUGAAAGUGCGCUGUUUCUGCAGCUUGUCUCAGGCCGGCCUUGAAGAUGUGCUAAAACCACGUGUCCUGUUGGCACUGAGCAACCUGCAGCUCAGAGGCCAGUCUAUAUACCCCACUCCUGUUGUGUAUGCUGGAGAUCUGACUGCCUUCUCUACAAACCCCAAGGAGAUUCAUCUACAGGAAUCCCUUUACCAACUCAAAAACAUAGUCCAGUGUCAGGACAACUUCUUUCUAACUGCUGAGGAAAAACUGGCACAUAUAGUUAAGUCUGAUGGCAUGAACUCUGUCUGCUCUCCAUCUUUGCAACCACAAACACCAGUCUCUGCAACAGAUAGAAGACAAGACUCAAAGACAAGUGUGACCUUUCAGAAACCAGUUAGAAGCCUUGGAUCAUUUACACCUGUCAGCAGUAACCUUCCUGCAGCAACAUCUUCAGCAGAAAAAGACCCUAAAAGCCUGAAAAGAAAAAGGGCUUUGGAUUAUCUUUCUCGCAUCCCGUCUCCACCGCCUAUUUCUCCCCUGGGCUCAGUAGUUUCACCUUGUGUAAAUAAAACAUUCAACCCCCCUCGGAGGUCUGGGACACCUAGCACUUUAAAACCUGUACAGACUGCUGCACCAAAACCAGCUGAUUCUCUGGUGGAAGAUGAGUGGGUGAACGAUGAGGAACUGGCAAUGAUUGAUACUCAGGCAUUGCAUGUUGGCAGUUUAUUUUAGUUUUUACUUGUCAGUUAACAACAGGACAAUUUUUUUAAACACUGUACAAAUGUAUGACUGUAAAAAACUGAAAGCUGCUUAGAACAUGUAUCCUGUGGUUGUAUUUGUCAUGUUCUUAAACAUAUUAAAGUAUCAAAAUUGCUUUUCA